AUGGCGGAAGGAUUUGUCUGGGAACAGGCGUCGGUAGAUGGCUCCAGGAGUCAAUCUCUGGACACUUCAGUACUGGAAUGUCCUAUCUGUCUGGAACAGCUGCGAUACCCCAAGUUCCUCCCUUGUCUACAUUCAUUUUGUGAGGAAUGCCUUGGUAGCUUCAUCACCAAGGAGUCGUCAGGUAAGAUGGCGUCGGCGUCUUCUUUCUCCUGUCCUGUAUGCCGUAAGGUCACCGAGCCGAUGAAACCGUCAGAAGACAAGAAAGGCUGGGCCGGACAGUUUCCUACCAACAAUCUGGCAGUCGAAAUGAUCCGACAUUUACAAAAUACGAAUACGUUGAUAACAUGCAAGCCCUGUGAGAAGAAAGGGAACACGAAUGUACCAGCAAAGUUUUGGUGCCAUCAAACCAAAUCUUACUUCUGUGCAACCUGUAAAAUCGACCAUCAUGACCUGUUUCAUGAAGAAUGCGAACCCGAGAAUAUCACGGAAGGGAACAAAUAA